AUGUAAAAUAAGGAGACUGCCUUUCUCAGUAUUGAAAGUCCCAUGCACAGCUAGAAUGUGUUAUCUCCUAGAUUUGAUGAUAUGAUUCCUAUUUAUCACAAUGAAAAUGUUGUCGAAUAGUAAAUGGACGAGGCAUUGAAACUUAAGAGGAACAUAUUUGAAAGGAAGAAUUUCAGAGCAUUGAAUGACGGACAUAAAUCCCAUAGCUCAAAUGAGGAUAGCUCCUUAAGUAGCUUUAAGUAAGCAUGUUGAAUAAAAAAUCACUAGCGAUAACUCCGGUGAUGAUGCAUCUCCCAAAUAAAGAACUCAUUCCUUCAUUCAACAAUACAUGAGUCCGAGUGUCGGUCCCAACGAAUAACAAAAUAACACUCCAAAUCAAAAAGCACAAUCUGGCUUAAUGCUGGAAUCGACCAAUAAUUUUCACUAUUAGGUUGGUAAGUCUAACUCAAAACUUGAAAAAUAUCAAAGUUUUGUCUAGUAAUUUGAAAUUCAGGAAGACAAAUUGCAGAGAAUGAAAACUAGACAGGCCCAAAAAAAAGUUAAGGUAAAGGAGAUUCAACCAAAAAGGAUGUCCGGUCGAAGGGAGGGCACAAUAGGGUAUUUUUAUGGGAUGAAAACGUAGGUUAAAUCAAAUCUGGUCACAAAAGGGUUUAAUGAUAAUUCGAUUGGUUUCGAGAUUCAUCCAACAAUUGAAGACGAAGACGGAAACUAUAAAAUUCAGACUUUUAACCCAAAAAAUAUUCUCUGUAAUCGGAGAUUUGUCAAGUAACUUUGAAUUUAUUUUGGUUUCUCGUUAAAUUAAAUAAAAACCAAGUUUAGUAAUUUGUUAUAAAAUAUUAGUUCCUAAUUUUGAAAUAUAAUUUUUAAAAACAGGCAACCAAGUAUUUGCACUAUCUAGAAUACUGCUAAGAUUUUUUCAGCAAAAACAUCAUAGUCAUCAAACCUGACAGUAAAUUUAAAAUCAUCUGGGACAUCCUUCUAUUAUUGUUUAUCGUAAUGAACAUCUUUUAUAUCCCCAUCAAUAUCAGUUUCAACAUCACCACCUCAGGAGCAUUUGAAUAUUUAUUUGAUUUAUUGCCAUCAUGGAUAUUUGUAGCCGAGAUCAUCUUAAACUUCAACACGGCCUACUAUGAUAAAGGCUUGAUGCAUGAAGAUAGGAAGUCUAUAGUGAAGCAUUAUCUAAAGGAGAACUUUUUUUGGGAUUUGAUUGUUGUAAUCCCUUUCUUAAUAUCAAAUCUAAAUAUCCCAUUUGUUAGAUACACUUUACUCCUGAGAUUGACUAGAUUGAACCCCUUAAUGGAAAGUAUCGAAGAAAUGCUCAAUUUGGAAGUAUUGCACUUUUAUAUUGUACUUAGGAAAAUAUUCAAAUUGUUGUUGAUCUAUUCAAACUUAUCUUUUUUCUCGUUUUAACAGGUCAUUUUUGUGGUUGUGCUUGGCAUUUUGUGGCUUUGACUGAACAUGAAUCGUUUGGAGUGAAUGAAACUUGGCUGACUCAUUAUGAUCCUGCUGCAUAUGAGUAUCAUUGGUUUGAUAGAUACAUAAUAUCCUUGUAUUGGAGUGUCAUAACGACUGUGACAGUUGGAUACGGAGACAUAGUUCCAGUGACCACAUUCGAAAGAGUCUUUGUAAUUGUGGUAACAUUAUUGCUUUGUGGAAUCUUUGGUUAUUGCAUUUCUAACAUCGGAAACAUAUUCAAAUCUAUUUCAGAUAAGAAAACUACCUACAAAUUUAAACUUCGAUAAAUUCAUUAGCAUAUUAGGAAACGAGGGCUGAAUUUAAACUUAUCAUUAAAGGUUUACAUUUUACAAUAUCUUAAAAGGUUAAAAAAUACUUUGAGUACUAUUUCAAAUUAGAACAAGAGGAGGACAACCAUGCAGACAUCUUUUUAUCCCAACUCACAAAACAUUUGAGAGAAGAAGUCUUAACAGAUUUGUAUAGUAAUACCCUCAAAAAAUCAAGACUCUUGAGAGACAAUUUCAAUGAAAUCACUAUCAAUAAUCUUUGUUAAUUUGUUAAAGAGAAAAAGGUGCUCCCAGAAGAAGUGCUCUACUCUCGAUAUGAUCAGCCUAAGAAAAUUUGGUUUGUUCUUUCAGGUGCCUUAGAAUAUGUAGCUGAUCAUAAAAGUAUUGUUUAAUUUCAAUAUUAUUAGACGAAAACGAUUAUUACGAAGCAACAGAGACUUUCUUAAAGAAAGUUAGUGCUGGGUAAAUUAUCAGUACUACUAUAUAGGGCAGUUUUAGGGGAGAGAGAAUUCAUUACUUAGUAACCUUAUGAAUACAAAGUCAGAGCGGUGAAGUUUACUUAGAUGGCUUACAUAGAGUAUAAAGUUUAUGAAUUGACUUAGUUACGAUGAUUUCAUUAAUGUUAUUGCAGAGAAUGACAGGGAAUAUGAAAUAUUUUGUAUGAAAAGAGAUAGAUUGCUCUUGUACCCUGCCUUUAAAGGGUCAGGAAAUGUAUGUGAAAUUUGCGAAUGGACACAUAAUUUCAUUUAGUAACAGCCCUUAUCAUCUAUAUAUAGGUGUCCAUUUGUUUUUUUGCAACCAAAUACUAAUAAAAUUGCUAACAGGUUUACUUCAGUUAAAUUUAACAAUCGAAUUAAGUUUCCUUAUCGUAAUCCCAAGAAAUCAAGAGUAAAGGAGACUUUAAAUAAAAUCUAGGAAUGUGCUUUACGAAUAAUCGUUGGAAAUCUGACCGAGUAGUAAUAUAAUAUAGUUAUUUUUAGAGAGUACACUGACGAAUAUUUGAUUUCCUUAGGAUUUUAAUUAAGUCCAAUUCAAGAUGAUAUAUCGUCAAAAGAUAAUGAUUCUUCCCAAAUUAAUUGUGAUUCCAAAUCAAUAUCAAACAGCGAAAAGCAGAAUGCCAUUUUGUCAAAGAACUUGAAAGUGACUGCUGGGAUAACGACUGAUUUAAGGGAAAGUCGAGAUUUGGAUCUAGGCAAUUAAAUUAGAAAAAGUGUGAUCAAUUUUAAAAGGAUUUAGUUUGGAAAAGAAAGGACAAGAGCUAUUUAAUUUUUAAAAAAAGAAAAUUAGAAUUAAGAAAAGAUACCAGAAGCAUUAGAAUAAUCAUAAAUGUUAUCUAUUCCUACUACCUAACUACAAAAUAAUCUAUUUAUGAAACAAAUUUAAUAGAAAACCAGAAGAACUUCUAAUCUUGAUGAUUUGGGAUUUGUUUAAGUCUCCUAGAAAUUGGGAAACUUAGCUCAAUAACUGAAUCAAUAGGAUCUUGAAAACCAUAUUUAGUCAAUUAAGCAAGUGAGUAAGAACAGUGAAGAAAGUGAAAUUAAGGAUUCAAUCAACAUUAAAAGGCAAAUUGAAAGUCAAGAAAGGAAGGUUCAGAUGGGGGAUCAAAGAAGAAAAGUAAAGAAGACUACAAUACAGAUGGGGUAGAAACCGAAGCGAAGAUCCUAUUAAAAUCAAUAGACUUCUAAUUAGAGUCCUGUCUCAUAGAAUUAGUAAUAGGUUCAACAAAUAACAAUUUCCUUGGAUCAAAAAAAAACCAGAGCGAGUUUCAUUGAGAAUAAGAGGAAUUUGGGAUAAACUGCUCAAUUAACAAGUUCUGGAUUGAUUGAAUUGAAAGGAGAAGUAAAAGAAGGAUCACCAAUUGAUUCAUUGCAAUAAAAGAUCCUUGAUAUAGUGCAUACUAAUAUCAAUCUGGAGAUGGAUAUUUGUAAAUCCACUUUGGUGUAUUUUCCUGAAUACAACAUUGAUUCAAUCCUGAAAAAGAUAGAGAUUUACUAUUAAUUGAAUAAGGGGAAGGAAAAGAAACUGUAUAAAAGGACUAAAUCGAACCGAAAUUUAUUUGAAAGAAUCAAAGCCUCAAAGAAUGCGACAAUAAAAAGCUUAUAGAACAAUUCCAAAUCUUAAACAGAUGUUUAAAAGCAGGAUGAAAACACUUGA